GGCCUGCCCGGGGAUACGAGGAAAAGCUGAAGCACACCUCACAUAUAUGCACUGAUAGCGUAAACGCCAGUGGUGUCCUAAUGGCUGAGUUAACCACAUCAGGAGACGACAAGAAUUACUUAAAAGUUUCUCUACUGGAUGUUAAGGAUUCCACAGAAAAGGAGCCAGAAGACCAAAACCUUUGGCCCAGACCACUGGCUCGAAAAUGGACCGUGAUGCUGUUCCUGGGCACCUGCCUGCUCUACUGUGCCAGGAUGGCCGUGCCAAUCUGUGCUGUGUCAUUGGCAACCUCGUUCUCCUGGAGUAAGAUCGAUUCUGGGCUGGUUCUCGGUGGAUUCUUCUGGGGUUACUGUUUCACACAGAUCCUUGGAGGACAUGCCAGUGACAAGAUAGGAGGAGAGCGAGUCCUGUUCAUCUCUACAGUCUUGUGGGCUCUGAUCACAGCUGGUACUCCUCUUCUGGGCCACUUAAGCUCUCACACCCUUGCCCUCAUGACUAUGGCCCGAUUCCUUAUGGGACUGACCCAGGGUAAGUUUUUCUUCCCAUCUUUGGCCAGCCUUUGCUCACAACGUGUAGUGGAAGGAGAGAGGGGAUUUUUAAUGAGCACCAUGAACAGCGGUUCACAUCUUGGAGUAUUGCUAGCAGGUGGGAUGGGGUCCCUGCUGCUGGACUCGUACGGCUGGGAGAGCAUCUUUUACACUAUUGGUUUCCUGUCCGGACUCUGGGCCCUUGUUGUUUGGCUGUGUUUACUAAAAGAUUCAGAAUUCCACCCUAAGCAGAUGGAAACAAGUAGCGACCCACAAUGGAGUUUGUCAGCAUUACGCUGGCUGAGUCUUCUGAAGAAACCACCCGUCUGGGCCAUGGUGUUUGCUCACACGUGCUUGUCCAGCUCUUUAUACAGUUUGUUGUCGUGGUUGCCGACAUACUUCAAAGAAUCAUUUCCACACGCCAAGGGAUGGGUGUAUAACGUAAUUCCAUGGCUUGUUGCAAUUGUAGCAGCACUUGUUGGAGGAUAUAUCUCAGAUUUUCUCAUCGACCAAGGAUAUCGUGUAGCAUUGGUGAGAAAGACAAUGCAGUUCCUUGCCAUGGGUGUAUCAAGCAUAUUCAUCAUGCUUCUGUCCGGACCCGUCACAUUUCCCACUGCUGUGAUUUGCAUCUCUGCGGCUGUUGGUCUUUCCACCUUCACCAGCAGUGGCGUGUCAGUGAAUGUACAGGAUCUCGCCCCAUCAUGUGCUGGUGCCCUCUUUGGUUCAAUGAAUAUGUUGGGUGCUUUCAUGGGAAUGGUGUCGGUCUCCGUGUCGGGUUACCUGAUUGAGGUCACGCUGUCGUGGGCCACCGUGUUCUCCCUCAUCACUUUAGUGAACGUCACGGGCCUGGGGAUUUUCCUCGUCUUUGGAGAUGCUCGUCGCGUCGACCUGGAAGAGCACAGCCGGGUCAUCGGGAGUUGACCCAGACAGUCGGUAGCUGAUUUGUGAGACUGGACAUUCAAUUCCCAUCUCUAAUCAUCACCAUCAUCAUCAUCUCUAGCCAUGGUUUGCAUAAUUUAAACGUUGAAUUGGAGUAAUUCUUUGCUGUAA